GGUCUAUCCAAAAAUUGAGGGGAUGGAAAGUUGUAAAUAUUUGCUGGUGGAGAGUGUUCCUUAGAGUUGAGUGAGAAUGGCUUCUCUCCUAUCCUUCUCUCCCCUAAAAUCUGCUAAAGCUUGUGCAGCUACUACGACAGAGAGUCUCGACCAGAAAUUUGGACGCAAAGGCAUCAAAUUUUCGGAGUCGGGGACGGUAGAGCUGAGCGUGAGAAAUGGUAGCUCGGUGAAGCUUGAGAUUGCAAACGCCCACAUUACUUCAUACAAGCCCAAGGUUUACUGGAAGGAUGAUGGCUAUGAGGAGGUGCUUCAUACUCUCCCACCUUCAUCUUCCUCUUCUUCCUCCCGAGGCGGCAUCGCUUUGGUGGUGGACGACCUCUCCUCCCCACCCAAUCCCAAGGCUACUGCUGCUGCUUCUGAAUGGACUGUAAUGGAUGCUGAUUCCGACUCCAUCGACGCUGUGCAGGUUGAGUUGGGGUGUGUUCGUGGCUGUUUGGAUAUCAGGUACGUUGUAUCACUCUAUCCUCUCAGCAUGGCGGCUGCUGUGAUAGUCAAGAACACGGGGCGAAAGCCGGUCGAUUUAGCCACUGCUAUUUUGAGUCAUUUGAAGGUGAAGAAGAGAGGUGGGAGUGGUGUGCAAGGAUUGAAAGGCUGCUCUUACUGCACUCACCCUCCUCUUUCUUCUCCUUUCCAAAUCUUAUCCCCCUCCGAAGCUACCAAGACCGAGGAACCGGGCUUCUUCUCGUUCGGAUGGGAGCCUGAAAACAAGCCCGGGGUGUGGAGUGUGCAGGAUGCCCCCAUUACCGUCUUGAGACAUAAGCUCAGUAGAGUGUACGCUGCUCCACCACCGCAACGCUCCGACCCUUUCCACACCACCGCCCCCUCCAAGUACGAGACCAUCGACCAGGGGCGUGAGCUUUUCUUCCGAGUGAUAAGAAUGGGAUUCGAGGAAAUAUAUCUGUCCAGUCCGGGCUCAUUUGCGGACAAGUAUGGCAAUGGCUACUUUAUAUGUACAGGCCCCACUUCAAUGUUGGUUCCGGUCACAGUGAACCCCGGUGAAGAAUGGAGAGGGGCGCAGGUCAUAGAGCAUGAUAAUUUGUGAUUCGAGGCAUUUUUUUGCUAAUCUUUACUUGUAAUCAUACAGAUUGAGAAUGGAAAUAUAAAUGCUUUGCUUCGUUUUGAUUAUA